GAUUGGCACUCAGGUGUUUUGCUGCUGCCCGUCUCUAUAAUGUGUUAAUACUGGCAGCAGCUAUGGAAAUGAUGGAAGCCCAGUCCACGUCUAUAGAGAAGUACCAGGAGGGAGAGCAACAGAUGCAGGGAGUGGAGCAGGGUGACGGUGACCCAGAGAAAGGCUUGAAUGAUGGGAACACAGGGAAACUCAGCAGCCCCUCCCCCACUAAGCCCCAGACACCAAUGGAUGCAGACAAGGCUUCCAUUUACAAGCAUCCCCUGUUCCCUUUGUUGGCAUUACUCUUUGAGAAAUGUGAGCUGUCCACUCAGGGUUCUGACUGUGUGACCUCUGCCAGUUUCGACGUUGACAUUGAGAACUUUGUACGUGGUCAGGAGAAAGAAGGCAAAGCCUUCUUCAGCGAAGACCCCGAACUUGACAACCUGAUGGUCAAAGCUAUCCAGGUGUUAAGGAUUCACCUGCUGGAGCUGGAGAAGGUCAAUGACCUGUGUAAAGAUUUCUGCAGCCGCUACAUCGCCUGUCUUAAGACCAAGAUGAACAGCGAGACUCUGCUCAGCGGAGAGCCGGGCAGUCCUUACUCACCUACACAAACCCAGACUUCCAGUUCUUUCACAGGGUCUGUCAGUCCUCAGGGUAUUAUGGUCCCUGCCUCAGCCCUCCAGCAAGGCAACGUUACAGUGACGGCGGUUAACCCGACCCAGAUGGUGGCAGGUGGCACUGUUUACCAGCCUGUUACAGUAGUCACACCACAAGGACAAGUAGUGACACAAACCCUGUCACCUGGGACAAUACGCAUUCAGAAUUCACAGCUCCAGUUGCAGCUAAAUCAGGACCUGAGUUUCUUCAGUGCCGAUGACAGCUCGUCCAAAAAUAAACGAGGCGUCCUCCCCAAACACGCCACCAACGUCAUGCGCUCAUGGCUUUUCCAGCACAUCGGGCAUCCCUAUCCCACAGAGGAUGAGAAGAAACAGAUCGCCUCCCAGACAAAUCUGACCUUACUACAGGUCAACAACUGGUUCAUAAACGCACGCAGGAGGAUCCUCCAGCCUAUGCUGGACGCCAGCUCGGCAGAAACUCCCAAGUCCAAGAAGAAGACGCCACAGAACAGGCCUCUGCAGCGCUUCUGGCCCGACUCCAUCGCCUCCUCCGUACCCCAGCAACAGCUUGCCAUGCCAGACGGUACCAUGGUGACUGUCGGCAUGAGCGUAGACGGGUUUCAGACGUUGUCCGACGGGGCCGCGCUGGCGAUGCAACAGGCCGAACUAGGCAAUCACAGCGAAGAGGAAACGGACGAGAGCGGCGACGAGGACGACAUGCACCUGUCCUCCGCUAACAUGCACGGCCUGGGCCUGGACGCCAGUGACUGA